AUGUUCUACCAUUUGGCGUUGGAUCAUGAGGUGUCGCUGCAUCCAAAAUAUUUCGGUCCGCAACUACACGACACCAUCAAGAAUAAGUUAUUCAGUGAGGUAGAGGGUACAUGUACGGGAAAAUACGGCUUUGUGAUCGCGGUGACAACCAUCGACACGAUUGGUCAUGGAAUUAUACAGCCAGGGAGAGGAUGUGUUAUCUACCCAGUCAAGUACAAGGCGAUCGUCUUUCGCCCGUUCAAAGGCCAAGUCAUGGAUGCUGUUGUCAAUCAGGUGAACAAGCUGGGUAUCUUCUGCGACAUCGGUCCGCUUCAAUGUUUCAUCUCCCGUCAUUGUAUCCCGCCUGAUAUGGAAUUUGAGCCAAAUUCGAAUCCACCGUGCUACAAAUCGACUGAUGAGUCAAUUGUUAUCAAGCCGGACAACGAAAUUCGACUCAAACUCAUUGGCACUCGCGUGGACGCCAAAGAAAUCUUCGUCAUCGGCACGUUGAUGGAUGAAUACUUAACA